CUCUCUUUCUUCUCAAACAAAAACCCUAACAGCCCUUAUCUCUUUCCCCUCUCUCUCUUAUACACAAAAGAAAACCCUAAACUUUCUAACAGCCAACAGCCGCACUCUCAUCUCAGCAUCUCUGUUUUUGCACCGGAGCCACGACCUUGACCUCUCACCCUCUCUCUAUUUUCUCAACGGAGCCAGGACCCCGACCUUCUCUCUCGCUCGACUUCUCACCAUCUCUCUAUUUUUGCACCGAAGCCAUAGAUCCAUUUGCCUCCAUUCCAAGAACCCAAAACACCCACCACGCAAUGCCCUGACCUUCUCUUUCGCUCAUCUCUCUCUCUCUCUCUCUCAUUUUUUUUCAGUUUGACGGGCUACCUCCGUCAUCGUGAACCCAAAUAGGGAGGCGCCGCUCCCAGACGUGGUUCUGCCGCCGAACGGGGAAGUUGGAAAAAUAUGGUUCUUGGGGCUUUAUGUGUUUUGCAAGAAGCAGGAAAAACCGAACUAGUUCUUCAAAUUGGUGAAAGUUUGCUUAGAGAGAGGCUGCCAAAGUCGUUCAAACAAGAUGUAGUUUUGGCUAUGGCACUUGCUUAUGUUGAUUUGUCUAAGGACGCUAUGGCACUGUCCCCUCCCAAUUUCAUUCGGGGUUGCGAAGUGCUUGAAAGGGCUUUGAAGCUCUUGCAGGAAGAAGGGGCUGGUAGCCUUGCGCCGGAUCUACAAUCACAAAUUGAUGAAACAUUAGAAGAGAUAACCCCUCGUUGUGUUUUAGAGCUUCUAGCUUUACCCCUGAAUGAUGAAAACCGAUCAAGAAGAGUUGGGAAGUUGGAAAGAGUGCCGAUUCAAUGAUUGUGAAAUAUAAACAAGUGGAUGAAAAAAGUUUGGGGUGAUUUAGACCUUCAACGAGGCUUCGCAUUUAUUGGGGAUUUAGAGCUAGGCUCGUGUUCAAUCUAGACUAUUCAUGUUUAGAAAUGUAUUUUGUAACUAGGUUUAAUGAGUUGUAACUUUUAUUUUAUUUCUUAUUUUCUGGGUUUGAAGUGUUGAUAUAUGUGUUAUUUUGGUUGGAUUCAUACUGUACAUUUGGAUUGUUUGUAUGAAAAAAUAUUAGUAUUGGUAGAAAAAUUGUUUAUUUGUAAACUCUGGUGAUUUUGGCAAAAUAAUUAAUACAAAAUAUUGUUUACUUAAUUAAAAUUAUUAUUGUUAUAUAUAAUUGUAUUUAUAUAUAAUUAAUAUAAAUUAUUAUUUAUAAUAUAUAAAAUUUGUAUUAAAAUAAUUAAAUAUUAUUUUUUGUAAAAAAAUAUUUAAUAUAGUGGCAUUUUUUGUGUGUCACUAUAUCUCUAAAAAUAUUAAUAAUAAUAAUAAAAAAAGGAUAUAGGGACACUUCAUCUGUGUGGCUGUUACUGCCUAUAGUGAUGCGCAAAAAAUGAAUGUAAAAGGGUUCAGUGACACGUGUGAAAUGUCACUAAAAAUUGUCUUUCCAGUCACCCUCAUUAGUGACGCGCGUUGAAGUGUCACUAUAUAGAUUUAGAGUUACUCAAUGUGUGUCACUGAAACCCAAUUUUCUAGUAGUGUUAUUUUAAUUUUAAUUUUAUUAAUUAAAAAUGAAAAAGACAAAUAUACCCUUUAAAAAUCUAUAAACAAAU